CCGCCUGUCUUCCACCGCUUCCUCCUUUGCUUCUCACGGCCAAUCAUGACUCGGAGGAUGUCAUCCGUUGCCCAAUCGGGAAGGGCAGUUUGGCGUCCUCCGGGGGAACGCCCAGCAUCUGUGAUGUUGUAGCUCAAGGACAGCAUCACUGGCUGCGACUGGCUCCACCCCCCCGGCUGCCCGCCCCCGGGAGUGUACGAGUGUUGGGAAGGGGGAAGGGACGUCGCCUCUCGUCUGUGGUUGUCCAUCUGUUUACUCCUUGCGCUCAGUCCCGGGGCGGCUGCGGCGCUGAGUGGGUGGUAGUAGGCGGGCCGGCGGCGCGGAUCGGGACCCCAGGUCCCCCCCCCCGGCAGAUACCCGCCCCUCCCCCGCAACAUCACAAUCGUCCCUCGCGCGCUCCCUUAGCCGGAGCGGCUGGCAGCCUUCGCCCUUCCCGACCGCAGCGAGGCAGGGGAGCGAGAGAGGGAGCCAGGAAAGGACGGAGAGAGCAAGUUGGGAAGGGCCAUGAAGACGGAGAUCUCCACGGCUGCGGGAUUCAUCACCCGCCUCCUCCGGACGCCCGGCGGCAUCGGCGACGAGGAGCUGCGCUGCUUCAGCGACUCCUUGCAGGAGGCGCUGCGAGACCAUUAUAAGCACCACUGGUUCCCGUUGAUGCCCUCCAAAGGUUCAGGGUACCGCUGCAUUAGGAUCAAUCACAAGAUGGACCCCUUGAUAGGAAAGGCAGCAGGCAUGAUCGGACUAAGCCACGAGAGACUCUUCCAGCUCCUGCCCAGCGAACUAACUCUGUGGGUGGACCCCUUUGAGGUGUCCUAUCGUAUAGGGGAAGACGGGUCUAUCUGUGUCCUCUAUGAAGGCCCUCAGCCAACAGUGAAGAAUGCCAAAGCUCUUGAGAGUAGGAGCAGCUGUAAAGAGGAGUGGAGAAUUGGCAGAGCCAGCCCUUCCAAGAACUACAACAUGAUGACAGUUUCCAGUUAAAAAUUAACAUUCCUUGUACAAUGAUGUAUGUAUGUAUCCCACUUUGAUAAUGAAGUUAGAUGGUGUAACUGAUACGUUGAUUUUCACCCUAUAGUCAUUAAAGUUGUAGUAGUACUGCCAAAUUCUUUUGUUUUGUGGCCAAGGGCUAAUGUAUAAAAAAGCAGCUCUUUAACUGUGUACUUUUCCUGGAUUGUAUACUGUAAAUGAAAUUGUACAGUCAAGAAGAUUGUUUUACAGAUUUAUAUUUUGGAAAAAAAUCCUUGGCUAUUUGUAAUAAAAAUGGAACUAAUUUAA